UGACUAUUACAAUAAUUCUGGCUACUUUAACUUUUCUUACUAUUUUAAAUAAAAUUCCAAUCUUUAAUAGACACAUGCGUUUAAAACUGCUUUGCGUCAUUUGUUGAAUGAGUAUAUUUGUUCCUUUAAUAAUCCACCAGUCAUUUAAAUUUACAUCGCGCCAUAGCAACAAUAUGGAGUCCAUUUGAAGUAAUGGUGAUUAUGGUGUAGGAAUGCAAGCAUCUCAUCAUGCCCAUCACAAAGAUUCCAGUGGUGCACAAAUUUGGCAUCAUUUCACAAAGUCAGCGCAUAGAGCUACAAGAGAGACUACUCCAACAGAGUUAUGAACUGAGCCUCAAGAGUAAAAAGGUUCAAAUUUCACAGAGAAAUCCAUUUGAAGUCACAGAGGAAUUCAUUCAACAAUACAAUAAUGCACCAAACCUGGAAGAAAAAGAACACUGUGAGGAAAUAGGAAGAAAAAUGCUUGAAAGAGCAAAGAGAAGAGCAGGAAUACGAAACUGUGGAAUGGGUGAUCAUGUGAAUUUGCCAAUGGCUUGGACAGAACUUGCAAUGUUGGCACAAUGCAAAGGACAGAUGGAGGAAGAAUGCCUGGAUGUUCUGAUAGCAUCUUUGGACAUAUCACCUCUUGGCAAGUAUCAAAUCCCAGCACUUUUCUUUCUGGCUGAAAUCAUGCUUUACUGGCUCAGAACAGAGGCAUUUUACCAGCAAUACCUCCGCACAAGUGAAAUUAAAUUGUUAAAGAUGGGUCAGUUGGUAUUCCAGCGUCUUUUUUAUCAUCACAUGGUUGGUCAACUGCAGGGCCAUUCUGAUUUCAAGAAUAGACUGUUUAUGUACACAGAUGGUCUUGCAGGAUUCCAGCACAUCUACGACCCUUACCCAAAUGCUCUUCUUUCUUUGCGGUUUAUCAUCGAAGUGUCAAAAAUCAUCCUUGCGGAUGCAGUUAUUGACGCUGGCGAGGUGAAAGAAGCAGACAACUUACACAACAUACCUAAGUACAAUGAAGAUAAAGUUAACUUGGAAACCAAAGAGAUGGACAAGAAAGAGACGAAAAACAAAGAAGUCUUUGCAGCUCACAGUGGUGCCAUCAGUAGUAGUGUCCAUGAUUUGUCACCAACUCUCUGGCAUGCUCUUGAUUUGUGGAGGUGCAUUAAUUCCAUUAGUGGAGGAAUCCAGGAUGCACUCAAGGCACUGGCAAAAUGUGGUCUUGGGCUGGCUAAUGAGAGCUGGGUGGAUGGCGUAAUUGCUCUCAACAUUUUGGCUGACUCAGCCAGGAGCAGCAUAGCCGCCAUGAAGGUACUCCACAACCUGGCAAAGGGAGUGUGGGCCACAGACCACCUUCUCACACCACAUCUUGGCAGUCACUACGGCCAUUCAGGCACUUUCAGUAGUAAUGGCAUCAAUGAUAUGGUGAUACAGAAACAACUCAGUUCCCAGGACAGUUUUUUCAGCUUCAAGCCUUCUCUUAGUGACAUAUAUGAACACAGCAAGGAAGGGGAUCAAGGCAGGAAGUUUGGGUUGUUGACAUCGGCAACAAGAUCACAAUCAGUCACAACCAGCAGCUGUUCCAGAAGCUCACCAACCAGCAAGCAAGGUACUUCAGCAUCUCAGACAGGGGAUGAGAAUUCCUCUGAGACUCUGGGAUCACCUUAUGCCAAAGAUAUUCCUUUGAAGGAAUCAUCUGAACACAGACCAACAAAGUCAUGUGAGGUGUCUUUUGAUGAAACUACUCCUGAGCUUCAGCAUGGUGAUGGCAAGAAUAAAAAGUCUGGACCUUUCAAAAAAUAUCUACACACAGCAAAUUUUUUCCAACAGCUGUCCACUGACUCAGGGCAGCGCAGUACUAGAAGUGACACAGCUGUAGGCACUGGUACUAGACCUGAAGUUGGCUCUGAAUUUUUUACCAACAGAGGGUCUAAUGCUAGUUCUGUACCAACAUUUACCAACAUUCCAUUGACAGAUUUGCCUGGUAUUAAUGGCUGGAACUGGGAGGUGGCCUUUACGUACGCUGAUAUGCUAGCCAAUAUUUGCAUUCAUGGGAGAUCAGCUAGUAUCCAGAAGAUGGCAUUAGUUGGCAUUCACAAAGAAAUGCUAGAUCCUUACCAUCAUCAGGUGACCACAGACCAAGUGCCCAGCGCAGGCCUUUUAAACCUGGCAACAUUCCAUGUUGUCAGUGAAGCACACGAUGGGGAAGGAUUGAAUGAUUGGAGCUGGCGGGUCCGUUUUGGAGCCAUCCAGGCUUUGGUAAAAGUUGUUAAUUGCCUCCAGGGAGACAAAUCAAAGGAGGGUCUACGAACAACUGCAUGGAAUGCACUGCUGCGUGUUAAUACUAUGGAGAAGGAUAGUCGUUUGGAGGCACUUCAAGUUGGGCAGGUUCAUACAAACCUUGAGAAGCUCCUGGGAAAAGAAGCCACAGAAAAUUACACCUCCAUAGGAUCUAGAAUCGGUGCAGGUCUCUCAGUGAUAUACCUGCCCCCUCUUCCACCACCUAUAGACUUGUCUGCGCCAAAAGCUAGACAUCAGAAAGCUGCUAAGAAGCAGCUGCACCACAGACCCUCUCAUAAACAAUCUCUACGCACUUCACUGAAACAAGAGCUGGACUUGGCCUCUACUUUACAACAGCCACCUGUGAAUUACAACACGCGCACCAGUUUUGACCUUCGCCGAAUUGUUGAGGACCAGUGGCGGAAGGAAAUGCAAAAGAAUCUGGAGGAUGAGGAAGAAGAAAGGAGAAAAAAACUGGAGGUUAAGCAGAAAGACCAGGAAGGGCUUCAGAGACUUACAGAAUUGAACAGAGCACAAAAACUGUUGAGCCUUGAGAGAAAGUGAUUCUGUUUUUGAAAGUUGAUGAAAGAUUGAUACCACACUACUUUUUAGCUUAUUUUUAAAACAAGAAUGCAGCCUUGGUUUUCCACUGCUGUUUAAGAAGAUUUUAAGAGAAAGUAUUUUGAUACUGUACAAAACAUUUUGGACUGGGAGGCUGUAAGUUGUCUUACAAUUUAACAUGUUAUAUUUCAUCAGCAAUAUCCUUCUUUCUUGAUGCGGGAUUAGAUCAUGCUCAUGAAAAAGAUAGCGAACUGGAUGGUGCAGAUGUCAAAGAAUUUUUUAGAACAGGAGGGGGUAAAAAAUCUUAUAUGAACAGAAGUAGGAACAUUCUAAAUGGCAGUGACCAUCCUUUACAAGGAGAAACUAAAAAUUUACCAAGGACAGUGACUAUGUAAAAUUAUCAGUAGAGACAACUACACAAAGACCCCAAAAGGGAUAUGAAAUGAUAAGAAAUCAUGUUUCUUUGAUGUUGGAGAAAUGUUGUAUGUUGCUUAGUAACUAGCAAAGGAAAGUCUGUUUAAUAAGCAUGAUGUACAGACACAACAUUAUCAACACAAUUUCUCCUUCCAAAUUAUAUAUAUAUAUUUACAUGACUUUUUUGCUCAAGAGAGAUAUUUUCUUUUUAAAUUAGUCUGUGAUAGUCCUAUUGCUAACCAUUCUUACUAAGACACUUUAAAGAAAUAUAUUUUUCAGGAAGUGCUGCUUCUUACAAACUGUGUUUUGUGAUUGUGUGUUUGAGGGAUGGAUGGGUGAGGGUACUGGAAUGGGCUGAGGGAGAAGAGAAAGACUAAAAGUGGUAAGCCUUGGUUUUGAUUUUAAAGAAUAAAAAACAUGAAUUCUAAAAAUGUCUCAUAUAUUCACUCUUGGCAUAUUCAAAAUUCUCAUAUUAUCACAAUACAUUUACAUCUUAUCAUGCGUGUAGUUAAUUUUUUAAACUAUGUUUCCAUUGUGUAAUUAAUUUCUUUCCUAUCGAGCUGGUGUGCUAGUGGUGGUAAAGGAAUGGAAGAUUGGGUACGGGUUGCAAGAAGGGCUUUGAAGGGAAUGAGUGUUAUGUGGGAUAGAUGAGGUAUGGUGGCCGGGCUACCCUCCGCAAAACCACGAGAGCCCCAUAACAAUUCUGCUUCCAGCCUCCUCCUCCUCUCAGCCCAUGAAAUUGCUGGCUGAGUCUAUAUUUGGUUGUGACAUAAUAAUAAUAAUAAAUGUAUUAUUUAUAUAGCGAAUAAUCACGCUUAUAAAGGAGCAUGCUCUCAGCAUACAAGACCAGUAGGAGAUAUGGACAAAAUAUUAUAAGGACAGAAAAAAGAAACAACUAUGCAGACAUUAUUAGAGACAAACAUAUCGUAGACACAAAAAGAAAUUAGGUAACAAACAGUAAGAAUGGAGAGUCUCAUAAAUAUGAAAAACGUUUAACCUUUAAGCUUAUAAAAAUGCAAAUUCUUGUCAGGUUUGACUUCUAACUAGAUAUUGCUUGCAUAUAUUUCAAAACCAUUUUCCUCGUUUUGUUUUUUUUUACACCAGUACACAGUUAAGUCACAGCUAGCAUUAUCACAACAUUUCAUAAUGCCAUGUAAAUUUGAUACACUUAUACACUGUUAACCUACAUUUUCUCAUUUUCAUAGACAAGUUUAUUAGGUUUUUUAAGUGGUUUUUAUUUUUUCCACGGUUAUUCUGACUAAAUUUCUCUACAUUUUUCUCUUGUGGUCCUCCUCACUCUGUUGAUUUGGAAACGUGCUCUACCUCAUCGGCCGAGCAAAGGCUAGGCGUAUUGCUACAUGCUGCGACUUGUAGAUGCAGACAUUCUAAAUGGCAGUGGCCAUCCUUUACAAGGAGAAACUCACAAUUAUCAGGAGACAAUCAUACAAAGAGCCAAGAAGGGAUGACAAAUGUUAGGAAAUCAUGUUUGUUUGAUGUAGGAGGCAUGUAGUAUGUAGCAAUGUAACUAACAAAGAAUGCCAGAUGCAACAUUAUAAACUAUUUAUCUAUCUAUUCCUUUUCGUGCAUCAGGUUGCACAUAAGGUCUCAACCAAAGUCCGCCCCCGAUGUCGAUCGGCUGAAACCCGCUCCAGGUGACCCCAUAUCCAGCCGUUUCCUUUCAUCUCUCUUUCCACGUUUCUUUUCCAAAACAUUAUAAACACAUCUUGCAAAUUAUCUGUUAUAUAUUUGUAAUAUUUUCUCAAGAGAGAUAUUUUCUUUUUAUCAAGUCCUAUUGUUAAUAAUUCUUAAAAGGACAUUUUAAAGCCUUUAUUUUUCAGAAAGUACUGCUUCCCACAAACUCUGUUUUGUGGUUGUGUGUUUGAAAGAUGGGGGGAGGGGGAGAUUAGUGUUUUACGCCCAGCAACUAAAGCUAUAUCACAGCAAGGCAGCCAGCCUUGUAAACAGAUAGUAAAUGCAGAGAAAGAACAAUGUGCACGAGACAAGAGCUGAACCCAGGACAGCCAACCCUCACUGGUGACAGACACUAAUUGUUGUGCCCCUUGAAUGGGCUGAUGGAGGAGAGAAAGACUUUGGCUUUCCUUUUAAAGAAUGAACAUUCUAAAAUAAAA